AGAUGUAACAGUAAUUAGACUAUUUGGCACGGGCGUCUCCUCACCUUCUUCCCGUUGUCUCGCACAACGAGCAAGCUCUGCUGCCCGACGCCGCCCUGCUCGCUGUCGGCCGCGAUGGACAGGCCGCUUGGCCCUCGACAGCCCGACAAACGCCAUGCUGCAUAUGAAUCCAUCUUCGGCCGCCCGGGCGUUACUCAUCACCAGCCUAACAACUCCCAUCCUGGCCAAUAUCCUCCCCUCCAGCAGAGUCCACUGUCCAACGGCCAUCAGCACGCGUACUACCCUCAGCAGUAUGGUGCCCAAGUAGACAGGAGAACGUCGGGCUCAUCGCACGUACAAUCCAUCAACUACCCCCUCCAGCCCCAGGCGCCGCCGCCAUCGACCUACAGGCAGUCGUUACUCCCUCCUCCGCAGGGCUAUCCUCCGUACCAACACCCGCCUGCCAACUACUCGCAUUCCAGCUCUCUCGCGGCACCGUCUAUCAUCAGCCGUGCAAGGUCCAUUGCCAGCUCGCCCGGCGUGAUCGCGCCGCCUCCCGAAGAACCUCCAGAUUCCAGUCUCGAGGCGUAUACACGAGCGGGCCUCACGCCUGCGCAGGCGUACCAGGCUCAGGUGUAUAUGAACGGGCCGAUGAACUACCAACAGUCCCCGUCUUACCUACCCCAGCCUGCGUCGCUCGACGUCCCUCUCCUUGGCGUCAAUAUCGAAACCGACGACGGGAGGCUGGGCAUUGACUUCGUAACGGAGGCGGCAACACCGAGCGACCCAGGCACGGAGGACAGUAAUGGUGAGCUCCCGCCGUCCCGACAUCGCUCCAAGCCCAGCAGUGUCCGCUCACGUCUCUCAGCUGCCUCUUCCCUAUACACGAGUCCUGAACUUGCUGCCUUCCCGACCGCGUCUUCAUCCCGACCGUACCCUCUGCAGCUGGACACUGCUGUUCCCGCGGGGCCGAAGGUCGGCUCUCCUGCUUCAUCGACCAUGGUCGACAUAUCUAGCACAACCAACGGGCGCCGCUCGUCGGAGUCGUCUAGGACGCUUCCUGGCCUCGCCUUCCGCAAGGACCAUGUUGGUCAAGAUCGCUCACGGUCCAUGUCAGCGACGAUGACCCCACAAUUCCGUGCGAUGAUCGAGUCUGGCCGUGUCCCACGCCCCCCAAUACCACCAGGUAUGGGUGGGCGCGACUCCCCUGCGGCGAAGCCGCAACGUUCGCGCACACCCAUCGUAUAUCCUGCUUUGUUGUCGCGUGUUGCGGAAGCGUUCAAGGCGCGGAUUGUAUUGCAGGAUCGCGUGAAGGAUGGUCUCACUUAUAAGGACGCGUUCGAUGGCCGCGAGGCGGUAGACAAGAUCGCGUACAUCAUCAAGACAACGGACCGGAACCUUGCACUCCUCCUUGGCCGUGCCCUGGAUGCACAGAAGUUCUUCCACGCGGUUACGUACGAUCACCGCCUGCGUGACUCUGCAAACGAUCUGUAUCAGUUCCGGACGAAAUUACCUAGCCCGUUUGUGAGUGGAGAGCUGGUGAACGUCGAAGAAGACGGUGAAGGGAUCACGAAGGCUCCUGGCCGACCACUCAUCAAUGACGGUGCGGACACGUCAGCCCCGAAGGAAAGUCCGUCGCCCACCACUGAAUCUGAUGCCGAGAAGACAUUCAAGGACGGUUCGCGGCCCACUUCCCCUUCCCCACCAGAUUCUGUCAUCUCGCCUCCAUCACGGCCACGUAGAGGCUCGAUCGCGUCUGACGAUGUGCCCUUGCCGUCGGGGGUUUUCACCCUUCUUACCGAUUGCUACUCCCCGACAUGCUCUCGUGAUCAGCUCUGCUACUCGAUCGCUUGUCCACGGCGACUUGAGCAGCAGGCUCGUCUGAACAUGAAGCCCCAGCCAGGGCUCAAGAAGCAGAUUAGCCGAGAGAGUCUGGGCGACCUCGUUGAACCUGGCACGCUGUGGAUUCAUACCGUGCCACAAGAGGUGGUCAACAGCGUCUCGGACACCGAGAAGAAACGCCAAGAAGCCAUCAAUGAGGUCAUGUACACCGAGCGUGACUUCGUGCGGGACAUGGAGUAUUUGCGCGACCUCUGGAUGAAGCCUCUCAAAGAGCUCGACAUUAUCCCCGAGCCUCGGCGAUCUGACUUCCUAGAGCAGGUCUUCUGGAACAUAAACGACAUCAUCGCAGUUAACACGAGGCUACGAGACGCCCUGAACAAGCGUCAGAAGUCCUAUGCCGUGGUCGACCAGAUAGGCGAUGUCCUCCUCGAGGCAGUGCCCCACUUUGCUCCCUUCGUCUCGUAUGGUGCUCACCAGCUAUAUGGCAAGUAUGAGUUCGAGAAGGAGAAGAGCUCGAACCCCGCCUUCGCGCAGUUUGUCGAGGAAGUGGAACGUCGGCCGGAAUCCCGUAAACUAGAGCUGAACGGUUACCUGACCAAGCCGACAACUCGACUUGCUCGUUAUCCUCUGCUUCUCGAGGCGGUCCUCAAGCACACGCCGGAGGACAACCCCGAUAAGACCGUCUUGCCCAAGGUCGUCGAAAUCGUUCGCGAAUUCUUGAAGGCCGUGAACAACGAGACGGGCAAGGCGGAGAACCGAUUCAACCUUCUGCAGCUCGAUCAACAGCUGAUCUUUCGCCCCGGAGAGGAAGUCGAUCUUCGGCUUAAAGAAGAGGGGCGCGAGCUUAUCUACAAGGGUGCGCUCAAGAAGCAAGGCGAUAGCGCCGAGCUUCAGGUCUUCCUCUUCGAUCAUGCGCUGCUCAUGGUGAAGCCCAAGAGCAAGGUUGAGCAGUAUAAAGUGUACCGUCGGCCUAUCCCUCUCGAGCUGUUGCUUGUAUCUGCCCCAGAUGAGUUCCCAACAGGGAAGCCGAAGGACAGGGAGAAGCAGAAGCUCCUCAAGAACUCUCCUCAUGCUCCUGCCGUUGCUGUGAAGGAGAGUAAGGGCGGCUUCUCCAUCACCUUUGUGCACCUGGGCCGGAAGUACUACCAGAUGACGCUCUGGGCAAGCACGUAUGUCAGCCAACGGAAGUGGGUCGAGAACAUACAGAAACAGCAGGACCUCAUGCACGAGCGGAGUUUGGUCUUCGAGACGGAGACGCUUAGCGAGGGCUUCUUCCUCGGGCCCAAUCGAGUAAACUGCGCCGCACCUUUCAACAAUGGCAAGCGGGCGGUCUACGGCACGGACGAUGGGGUUUACAUCUCUAACCUCUGGGAGCGGAGGGAGCCCUUAAGGGUCCUUGCCCUGAAGGAUGUCUCACAGGUAGAUGUCCUUGAGGAUUACCAGCUCCUGAUCGUCUUGUCCGAGCGGCAAGUCAUCACUUUCCCCCUCGACGCUCUCGACCCGAUGGAUCCUCUCGCCGCCUUGAAACGUGGCAAGCGGAUAGCAUCACAUAUCUCGUUCUUCAAGGCGGGCGUCUGCUUGGGCAAGACGCUCGUCUGUGUGGUCAAGGCGAGCCCACUGUCUAGUACCAUCAAGACAUUGGAGCCCAUCGACCAGAAUGUCCGCGGCCGGAGUAAGCCCACAUUCAAGAAGCUGCUCCAGGGGGGCAACGAUACGCUGCGCGUGUUCAAGGAGUUCUAUAUCCCUGUCCAGUCGAGCUCUAUCCACUUCCUGAAGACGAAGCUAUGCGUGGGCUGCACGAACGGCUUUGAGAUCGUGGACCUCGAGACGCUGGAUACGCAGGGCUUGCUUGAUCCUUCAGAUCAGUCACUCGACUUCGUGCGCAGGCGCGAAGGUUUGCGUCCUUUGGCGAUCUAUCGGAUAGAAAGCGAGUUCUUGCUAUGCUACGACGAAUUCGCUUUCUACGUGAAUAGGACUGGCUGGAGGUCACGUAAAGACUUCAUGGUCUACUGGGAGGGUUAUCCAACAGGGUUUGCACUCCAUUAUCCGUAUGUCCUCGCGUUCGAGCCGACCUUUGUGGAGAUCCGACAUGUGGAGACCGGUGCCAUGUCGCAAAUCAUCCAGGGCAACAACCUCCGACUCCUCUUCGCUGACACCCCUCCCUCGACGACGAACUCUGCCUCGCAGUAUCAGCAAUACACCCCAUACCAGCAGGGCUAUGGGUACAACCAGUAUCCUGCUAACCAGAGCGGCUAUGGCGCGGCGUCCGCGCAAGGGGCAUAUGCGAACCCUUACCAGCCUCAGCCACGACCGCAUUCGACGGCAGGGCGUGAUGAGAUCCUCAUGGUCUCAGAUGACCGAGUGAUGAGGUUACAGAUGGCGUCGCCGAGUUCGAUGUCAUAGCCCCUACGUGCGCUCAUCCGACGCUCCUGAUCAUGUUGCGUGCAUGCAGGGGUGUCGAGGCGGAUGCACUGCAUCGUGCCACCCUGCCCCGGCUCUAUCUACGUUCUUCGCUCGUCUCCUCAUCCUGCUCUGUGCGGCGGUCGGCAGUGCUGACGCUCCCGCCGAGUUCGAAAAGUCGUGUCAUUG